AUGACAGACCAGGUAGUUACCUCCUUUGAUUCAACUCGCCUUUGGAUUAAUGAAAAUGGUACGCUGAAAUCACAAUCCGACGCAGAUGAAGACGUGCAGUAUCUGAAAUACAGACCCAAGUUCCCCUUACCAGAAGAGCUACGUAUUCUUCCAAGAGAAGCAACAAUAUGCCAAUACUGUGGAGUCAGCUAUUUGGUGUUGUCAGAGAUCAAACAUUUAGAGGAGAAGUUGCUGUCGCUUCGUUGUGAGCUGGAAAAUAUUCAUCGUAAACAAUCAACGGUGGAAAGACAUGACAAACGGAUAAGUACAGAAGAUUUAUCUUCGGAACAUCCGUAA